AUGUUAUCUCUUAAGGAAGUAAUACCUGCACUUACUAAAGAUUUCACUCAAGGAAUCACUAGAGUUGAUAAACAUAUAUAUAUUUAUCCUAAAAAGGAACAUAAAUAUACAUUCAUAUGGGUAGUAUUUCUUAUCAUAAAAAGAUGCAUGGAUUAGAAGAUGUUCCUGAUAGUUUUCUAGCAGGAUUUAAUAAUCCUGAAUUAAAUCCUUUUGAUAAUUAAACAACAAAGAUCAUUUUACUAUGUGCUCCUGUGAGACCAUUAACAAAAAAUCAAGGGGAAAUGAUGACAUCUUGGUAUGAUAUCAUGAUACCAAAUUGGAAAUAGUUUUGGGGAAUUAAAUCUGAUAAAGAAUUAUGGGGAGUUGAUUAAGCAAUAGAAUCAAGAAAUUUUAUUUGGAGUUUAAUUGAUUAAGAACCUAUUCCAAAAAAGAAUAUCUUUAUAGGUGGUUUUUCUUAAGGUUGUUGUAUGUCUUUAUUGGCAGGAUUGGGAUACAAGUAAUUUAUUUUAAUAAUUCUAUUUAGAGAAUCUUUAGGUGGUAUCCUUGGAAACUCCGGUUUUUAUUUCCCAUUUACAGAAAUAAAUAACAAAACUCCAAUUCAAAUUUUGCAUGGAGAAGAAGAUGAAGUAAUUCCUUAUGAAUUUGCUGAAAAAUCUAUUUAACCUUUAUAUAAGUUAGAAAAUGAACUCUAAUUAAUUAAAUUAAAAGGUAUAGAACAUGCUAUGAUGAUGGAUAAUUUUAAAUUUAUGAAAGAAUUUGUCAACAAACAUUUAUUUUGA